CAUACAAACCACAACACAACACUACCUCGCCCACUGCCAAUCCCUCCCCCACACACAAUGCCUUCGCGACCACAAACCCAACUCCCCGAGGGCGGCCAGACUCUCGUCUACUCGACUGUCGACGGCCACGACAUCAAACUGGACUACUACCUCCCCCGCAACACCACCAGCGGCAACCUCCCGGCCAUAAUCUACUACCACGGGGGCGGUAUGACCGCCGGCUCCCGCCGCUCCGGACACUUUCCCACCUGGCUCUACGACCACUGCCAAAAACGCAACUACAUCCUCAUCGCCGCCGACUACCGGCUCUGCCACCCCAGCACCGCCCUCGACCAAAUCGCCGACGCCAAGGCUCUCUUCCGCUUUCUCGCCAGCCCCUCCUUCCAAUCCGCCCUCCCAUCCCCUUCCCUCACCCUCGACACCACUCGGAUCGCCGUAACCGGCUUCUCAGCGGGAGCCUACUCCGCGCGCGCCGCCUGCAUCUACGCGGAACCGAAACCCGCCGUCCUACUAACCUCGUACGGCACGGGCGGGAAUCUGCUACUGGACCACUGGACGCAGCCGCGCCCGCCGACCUCCAUUGCCAGCCUGGUGAACCUCGAGGACGUGCCCCGACUGCUUGCCGAUAGGACGGUGGUGAGCGAUGACGCGGACCGGGGGUCCAACCGGUUCGCGCUGACGGUGCGGUGGGAGAUUGACGGGACGUUUCUGGACGGGGUGUUUGGGCGGCCGGGGUUGGGCGCGGAGUUAAAUAAGGUGGAGUAUGCGCAGCGCGGCGCGGCGAUUCCAGAAGAGCUACGGGCGGGGUUCUUACAGGAGUUUGUUACAGCCGAGUACCCGCCGACGGUGCUGGUGCAUGGGACGGCGGAUGAAGUGGUGCCGGACGCGGAGAGUAGGUUUCAUCAUGAGCAGUUGGGGCAGUUGGGCGUGAGGACCGAAUUGUUGCUCGUUCGGGAUGCGGGCCAUGGGUUGGUGGAUCUCCAGUCUGGUUUUCCGCCUAAGUUGGCGGACGGCGCGAUGGAGGCGUAUGAGAAGGCGGCCAAGUUCAUUGAUGACGCUUUGGAAGGGAAGCUGUGAGGUGGUGAUUGUAGUGGAAAAUGGCGCUUAGUAUAUGCUAUAGAGACAUAGAUCAAGACUGGCAAUCCAGGAUAAAUUGAUACA